AUAUCCAUUGUACUAACUCAGACACCUCGUGGAAUUCAAGAGAAGCUUUAGGCUACACUUAGCCUACUAUAUAUCAUUACCUACGACGUGAGGUGGACAAACACCUGUGAGCUGAAAGCUGCGCAAGUGCCAUGCAGGAUGCAGGAUAGCAAACGAGAAAGAGCAACCAUGUUUUGCCAAUAAGGUGGCAGUAUCAGCUUUACGCUCAAACAAAUACCUGUAAAACUGUUUGCUUCAUCCCGAAGGUACCUCCCUUACCUAAGGCGGUCGCCCGGCUGUGAUUCACUGGGCUGUUUCCAAUGCACCUCUUCUCCCACCCCUUCCGCCUUCUCAACUCUCCCCAACGCAAGAAUUCCCCAUCGCUUUCAGUCGCCUCAAUAUCUCCGGCCUGAGUCUCGGAUAAAGAUAAACAUCGUCUGCUUGUCACAAGCUCAUUCUUCUCUGUUCUCUCUUGGGUACCGGUGCUACGUGACGUUAUGUAUCAGGGCAGGGGAGGAGUCCCCUCGGGUAGAGGUGACCUCAUGCCUCCAACUUCUCUCUCAAAGGCGCUCAAGUUUGCGUCGACGAAAAAUGAGAAGUUGAAGACAGCGAAGAACAUUUACCAAGGUAGAGAAGACAAGAUCCGGAAAGCCGAGGAUGCUGAACACCUUGGCCGCCCACCGCCAGGAAAAUAUCUAGUACAGGCGAGCCUUGCACUUCCAGGGCAACACUUGCUACCUGUUGCGUUGGAUGAACCCGCGGCACUCGACGAUAUACGCAAAAAGUAUCGAGUCUAUAUCACGCGGGAUGUGCCAAAUGUUCUCGAAAUGCACUGCGAUUCUGUCCAUCGCCUCCAGAAGGCGUUUGAAGCGGUCAACUGGAGAAUUCGGGACAUGCGUCUAUCUAACGACAGUUCUCCCACGCGCUUUCUUAUACAGAGGCCAACUAAAGCGGCCGCCACUGACAUGAUUCAGUUGAAACUUGGAGCUCGCCCAUCAUUUCUUUCUAAAACCUCGAAUCCUAUCACUAAGGUCUCUUCAAUGGAUGAACAUCUGCCAAGACUAGUGUCGGACCUGGCAUCCUCGGCGGAAGGCCUCAUGACACUGAAUAAGACCAUGGGCUUGCGAGUCAGUUUCGGGCACCUUAUCAUUGCCAAGAGACCGAGAGGUACAGAAGAUGAAAUCACAUUCGACCAUUUCACCACACUUAUGAACAUGUAUCCCAGUCGUGGAGGAGCCUCAAUGGUAACCAGGCUUGGAGACGCUCACGAGGCGGAGAAACUCUUGCAGUAUAUCUCAUGCCCAGAGGCAGGCAUCUGCAAGAACAUAAAGGACAUGAGGCGAGGUUGUGAAGUGGUUGUAGUGGCUAACAGUCUGCAAAUCAAGACUGAGGCCGACUACAACCCCCAACUUACGCAACUAGCAAUGGUCCGCGCUACGAGGCCAGAGACCCGGGCACGUUGGAGUUGGACGACUGCUGCUCCUGACAUGGAACACGAUUGGAACAUUCGAAUGGAUGCUUGGGACAAAGUGGACGUCCCAACAGAGUUUAGAGAUCUUGCAAAGAGAAUAUCGGUUGUCUUCAAGCCAGACGAGGGCACCAUUCUCCCUUUGCCAAAUGUCGACACAAGUAAACUUGCGAUCCCCGAUGAACAAUUCACUGAAAUUCAGGCAAGAUCUUGGGCAAUCAUUCCAUUCAAAGAAUCCCCCUAUGUCCUCAAGAUCAACAUCACCAAGACUCUAAAGGGAUCUCGUACGAUUGGGCAGCAAAAUAGUACUUGGGGUGUUGAAUUAUACGCCCCCCACUGGGAGGAAAGUCUGAACUACUACAGUGGUGGCCGAAAGGACUGGGGGGAGGGGCUCGAGAAUAUUUGGGAGGAAGGUGGUGAUCUCCAGUCGAGGCUCAAAUGCUUCUUGCGGACCAUUAUGGAGGUCCAAGCCCUCCUGAACAGCGUGCAUGCUGGUACUGCCUUGUCAUAGCAGGUACGCAAAGGUGAUGCUGCGCCGCUUGGGGAAUCACCGGAUGAUACCUACUAAACUGGCGUCUGGCUAAUCUUAAUGGUGCUUAGAAUGAUGAGAAGUUUUCAAUUCUGCCUUUCAGGCCUGUUGAUCGCCUUGCCCUUGGCCAGCCAUGAUCUUUUGUCUCAAAACUGUUAGGGGUCAUAUUAGCCUUGCUCCUAGUAGAGGCUGCGAGAAAAACAUACCUUCUUCAAUCGUUCGUGCAUUUGUCUGCUUCCGUUGGACAAUAACCUCGAG